CACAGUUUUACAUUAAUGACAUUUUGUUAUUCUUUUAAUGUUGGCUACUCUACAAAGUUCAAUGGCACGGCAAAGUGAAGAAGGAAUUAAAUUUGAUAAAACGACGUUCACUGACUGGUCAUAGUUGCAUCCGAUCGUUGUACAGCGGCUACUAUUAUUAUCAUAAUGAAGCCCAAAACUGCCAAAUACUCAAAUUAUUAACUAUUAACUGUUUUUUUAUUUCUUUAUCUCUUUAUUAAUUGUAAAUAAAAUAAAUUAAAAACUAUUGAAAAGUAUACGGUGUUCAUAGGAAGAAAAAAAAAUAGCGAUGUCUUCAAAAGCGGAAAAAGACAAACAAAAGCAGAUACAAGACAGAUGUCAAUCAUUAUUGAAUAAAAUGUUAAAAGACGACGACAAUAAAUACUGUGUGGAUUGCGAUUCCAAAGGUGAGGCCAAAAUCCUUGCUUGGCUAGUUUUAAAAUGGUUGUGUAUAUUAAACAUUAUGUUAUUUCGGUUUUCGUAGGUCCUAGAUGGGCCUCUUGGAAUUUAGGCAUUUUCUUAUGCAUAAGGUGUGCUGGCAUUCAUCGUAAUCUUGGGGUACAUAUUAGCAAAGUAAGAUCGGUAAACUUGGAUUCUUGGACUCCCGAACAAGUGGUAGUAAGUAGUCAUUUUUUGUUUUUUUAUGAGAUUAAUUUUUUGCAUACUACCAAUAUUAACAUUGCAGAAUUUGCAACAAAUGGGCAAUAGUCGAGCCAGAGCUGUUUAUGAAGCAAAUCUGCCGGAUAACUUUAGACGCCCACAAACUGAUUCAGCUUUGGAGGCAUUUAUCCGUUCUAAAUAUGAACACAAAAAAUAUAUUGCCAAGGAAUGGGUUCAGCCUCCUCUCCCUAAAGUAAGUAUGAUAAAAAUGAUUUAUUAAUCCUAUGUUAGACAUACAAUUAAAAUGUCACCCAGUCUAUUUUAAAUUUAAAUUAUUAUAAUCUAGUGCAUUCUACAUAUUCAUGUAUUAUCUCUAUUAGACAUUAUUAUUAUAUAUAUAUUUAUACCUAUAAACAAUUUAUUUCUUAAAGUUUAAAUCAAAACAUUUUACUCAUCCUGGGGAAAAGUAAAUUAUAUACUUAGUAUGAGUAAAGGCAUUUUAUAAUUUAAUACUCAAAAUAUACAAUGGCAAUGUGUAAUGCAUCAAUGCUAUGACAUGGUGAAUAUUUAAGAACAAUGAUGCAUAACAUACAUUUUAUCACCUAUCUUAUUUCAUUCAUAAAAUACUCAUAAUUCUUAUAAUGUUUUAUAAACUUUUGUUAAAUAUAUAUGUUUCCAUCGGAUUUAUUAUUCAUUAUGACCAUAACACUUAGGCAUAUUAAAAACCCUUUUGCCAUAUUAUUGCAUCAAUAUUAUCAGACAUAAUAUUAUUGUUCUACUGUCUAAUUAAAAUGAUUAGUCAUUAUUAUUUAUUGCAUUGUUCACCUAGAAACUGUUCUGAUAAAAUAAUUUUUGAACAAUGUGUUACCAGAAAUUCUUGGUUUCACUAUGAAAUCAUUCAAACUUUAUUAUUAACGAUAAAGCAGUGCUAUGGAAUUUUAUCAAGAAUUCAAUACCAAUUAGUUAUCUUGAAAACAUGAUCUUUAUCAAAUUAUUUACAAAAUCAAAUCAUUUUUAUUUAUAAACAAACAUCUCAAACUAACUCUAGUACACUUAAGGUCAGUCCCCUUUCUAUUCAAAUUAAUAGUGCGAACAAUACGUCAACGUCUGCAUCCAUUCGUGUACAGUGACACAACAAUGCAUUCUAUACUGAUAGCAAUAAUAUGCCCACAUCAUGGUUAAAGUGUUCCAUUUAUGUGUUAAGAUUCAAUUUCUAAAAUUCUCAACAAAUUUAAAUCAAUCAUAAACCCAUUGUUGUUAUUUAGUUAACUACUAGGUAUAUUAAAUAAAUGUUUACAUCUCUCUCGACAAUAAUAUGCUCUAUUUAAUAGUCUAUUGUGUUAUCAAUUGACUUUUAUUAUUUGUUGUGAAUUUGAUUGUAAUAAUUUAUCUCAUUCUGAUAUUAAGAUGGCUGUUUAAUUGUUUGAAGUCUUAAUUUGUUAAAAAAAAAAAAAACCAAAAUUACAUUUUUAAUUAGAUUUUGAGCAAAAAAUAUAUUGGUUUUUGUAUAUUGUUAUUACAAAUCAUAAAUUAAAUUGGAACUAUGUAUCCUACCUUUUUAACUUCUCACAUUCAAAAGUAUGUUACCUUUUUUUUGUGUAUGUAAACAAAUUUUUUACCAGAAAUCUUGCUGUAAUUUUUAACUUAACUGGUGGGUUCUGGUAUCACAUUUUGUUUAAUUGGUUCUUUGAAGAGGUCAUUUUUCAAUUUUCCUGUUUUCUUUAAAAUGAUAUUUUUAACAACUUUAUUAAGCGGACUGCCCACCUUGUGGGUUGGCUAAAGACACAGUUUACAUAUUAAGUAUUGAUUUACAUAGGAUUGUUAUAAUAAAAUUAUAGUAAAUAAUUAUAUAAAUAUAAUUACAAUUAUUAUAAAAAGAUAAAAUAACUUCUAGGUAGAACUGAUGGAGAUUAAAAAAAAAAAAGAGAGAAUAUAGAUUUUAUAUAAAAUAGAAAAAUUUGAUAAAGAAAAAGAUAAAAAGAAAAUAUUACUAUUUAUUGCAUAAUAUGUACCAGAGAUUAGAAGUCUUACGAAUAUAAGUAAUAAUUUAUAAUAUUGAGUGUAUCUUUCAAAAUAGAUAAACAUAUUUUCACUAGAUCAGAGAUGUUAGAUCCAUGGGUCUUGAAAAAAUUUCUCAGUAAACAAGAUGCGGUUCCUCGGAUAAUGAACUAUAAACCCAUGUCAUCCCAGUUGUUAAUACUAUAUUGGUUCUUCAGUGUGAGUACACAUGUUUGGUAAAUCGCCCUCUUUUCCUCAUCCACUGAUGUGUCCUGUAAGGAGUUAUUUGUUUCUCAACAUAUUGUUGGGUUUAAGAUGAGUUCUUGGUUUUUAUUCUGUUUAACACUAUAAUAUCUGUGCGACGGUUUUGUGUGAUACCGUUGUUUACUGUUUGGCAGUGAACUUCCUCGUGUACUUAAAAGAUUUUACUCCGAAAUAGGUCGAUUAUUUCUGAACAAAUGUAAUGAUGAGCAGCGUUUCUCAAUAACUCAGUCUUUGGACAGGCGCCUCGAAUGUGUAGUAGAGAUUCAACAAUAUUAUUCUCAUUGCAUACUUCAUUUCUAAAAUGGCGGCUACCACUCACACUGCUCGAUAAACUGCCUUUGUUUAAUACCUGAGUGUUUGUAAGAGUGCAUUUAUCGUACCAAACUACGCAAAUACCUCUCUGAGAUAGUUGUUUCCAUUUGAAAUUUUUAAGUUUGUUUAGUUUUUAUUUAGUUUUAUGUCAAUACAACUUUUAACUCCUUUUAAAUUUAUUAGAGCACAUGGAUUUAAAUUAAAUUAAAUUAAAUUACUUUGUUGCCAAGUAUGUUCAAAUUUUUUAUGUUGAAUAAAAUUGAUAUCAUCAAAUAAGUACUUAUAUUUAAAAAUAUAUAAAUAUUAAAUAUAGAUUAUCAUAAACUGAAAAAAAAAAGAAAUUAUUAUUUUAUAUUAAACAAUAAUCUUAUAUUAUACUAAGUACCUUAAGAUUUUUUACUACCUAUGUAUUAAAAAAAUUUAUGAAUCCUAUUUAGAGUUCAUACAACAGUUCUUUUUGGUCAAUUUAAAUGAUUUUUUUUUUAAAUGAUAGAUAUUCUUGCAUAGAUGGUAAGUUAAAUUAACUUUGUAAUAAAACUAGAAAGAAAAUUGAAAUUAGUUUGGGAAUAAAUAUUAUAUAAUAUUAUUUAUAGUAAUUAUUAUUAAUUUGUAUUUAAUUCCAAUAGUUUUAAAAUGUUUAAUAUUCAACUUGAUUUAAAUUGUUAUAUUCUGUGCCAAAUUAUUUGUUAUUUUACAACAUUUAUAGAAAAAAAAAAAAAAAAAAAACUUAUCUCAUAAUAUAUACAGGUCAAUUGGGAUAAAGAUUUAGAGGAAGAAGCUGAAAAACAGAAAAAAAAGAAACGGGAGCCAAAACCUGGUUCUGUUAUGCGUAAUGUGCCUUCAAUUGUGCCGAAUCCAUUACCUAAACCUGUUUCUUUAAGUCCGAGAUUGUCGUCAAACAAGAAACCAAUUUCCAUUGAAUCAAGUCAUUCCACUGAUCUUCUUGGUUUAGGUAAAUAAUUGAUUAUUUUGAUAUUUUUAGUUAUUAAUUUAUUAAAUAAUUUAAAUCUAGACACACCAACAAAAGAUUCCAAUCCCACAUUGAUAGAUACAUCAUUCACGUCUUCAUGUUCAGAUUCAUCAGAUCCAUUCAGUAGUUUUUUAAGUGCGUCAGUUUCGUCUACUACAACAUCUUCUCCUCAAGUUCAACCAACUAUUGACCCAACUGUUGGUCGUUCUACUGAAGAGGAAAAUUUUUUUAAUCAACCAACAGCUGCUACGAAAAAUAAACUCACAACAGAUUCUAUUUUGGCAUUAUAUGGAAAUUCAUCAUCUUCAAAUAAUAUGACUGCAAACCAAUUCAAAAGUAUAUAAUUCUUUUAAAAUGUAAACUCUUGUAAAUUAUUUUUAAUUUUUUGUGGUUGGGCAACUAUUUGCUUUAAAAUAUCAAAAAUUAAAAUAUGUUUAAUUAUGUUGACACAUAAUUUAACACUUUUCAAAUUUCAUUUAUAGAAAUAGUCAUUCAAAUGUACAUUAAAUAUCAUUGCAAAUUAAUAAGAAGGUACAUUUAAAUGUUCAUUUUGAACCUCUUGUGAUUUGUUAUUAAAUAGGAUAAUAUUUUUGUAUAUAAAUCAAGAUUAAAAAAAAAAAAAAUUUAAGUGCUCAUCAUUUCAUAUAGCAUACAGGAUAUAAUUAUCUCAAUAAGAAAUUUUAAAUUUAAAGCGGAAUUAUUUCCUGUUUAAACAACGGUUUUUUUUUCUUCAAAAUAUUCAUAUCAAUAAUGUUUCAAUAAUUAUUUUUAUAGUUUUAUUGAAACACAGGUUGAUCUAAUAAUUUGUUUUUAAUAGUAUUUUAAACAUUAGUUUAAAGCGAGCUUCACAACUUAUUGUAUCAUGUAAACAAUAUUUUUUAAUUGGCUCAUAUCAGAAAAGAUAACUAGUGAACACAUAUUAAAAAAAAAAAUUUUAAACUUAUCAAGUCUAAUGUACAUAUAAAACAAUAAUACUGUCCUAUAUUCUAUUUUGAAGUAAACCUAUUUAAAAAAUUCUUUAUAAAUUAUUAAUAAUUCUACAUUUUAUUAAAUGGUGAUUAAUUUUUUUUGGUUUUCUUUUUUUUUUCUGUAGGUCAAAAUAACGGUUUUAUUACUCCUCAGCCACAGCAGCCAUUAUUUAAUGCGUUCAACAAUAACGGAUUCCCAACCUUGCCACAGAUGCAACCAAUCAAUAAUUUUGUAUAAUUAUAUAGCAUUAUUAUUAUAUUUUUUUUAACUGUCUCAUAUCUCUAAUGUUGCCUUAUUUAUUCAGGGAAAUUCGGUGAAUUUGCUGUCCAAUAACCUAUCUGAUUUCAAUAACCUUCAGUCAACAUCAAAUUCUAAUUUUGCAUCAAAUCCGUUUUAUAGUAUGGCUGCGAAGAAUGCACCUACUCAUUUUCUCAAUCAUGUAAGUAUUUUAAAUCAAUAUUUAUUAAAAUGUGUAAAAUUAACAAUUAAUUUUGCAUAAUGCUUAUUUUAAUUUUUCUGAACUUGUAAUGAGAUUAGAUAUCCACUAAAUGUUAGAUAACUCAGUAUUUUAAUUUUGUAGUUUUUAAAGUUUUCAGUUGAUAACUAUUUGAAAAAUUUAAAUUAUAAUUUAAAAAAAAAAUCAGUGUAAUCGAUUUGGAAAUUGAUUUUUUUAUUUUAGUAAUAUAUAUAUAUAUUGUUUCUUAGUUUGAUACAAAUUAAUUAUAAUACUUAUUUAAUUAAUUCUAAGAUUAGUUUUGUUAAUAGCAAAUGUUAUUCUUUCCUUUUAAAUAUGUUUUGAAGAAGAUUUUUAAAAAUAUUAUUGAGGAAAACAAUAGGAUUUUUUUCUUUUUAGGUUUUUAACCUUAGUGUAUUAACUGUUGGAAACUAUUAUAACUGGGUGAAUAAGUUAAUAUUUUUUAAGUUUUAUAAAUUACACUUCUUAUAUUAAAUGUUUACAUAUAUUGCAAUUUGAAUCAUCAACAUAUUUUAUUCUAUUUUUAUUAUAUCUACUGUAAUUCAGAAAAUUGCAUAUAUUUUUGGAUAUUUUAUAUACAAAAUUCACAAUUGUAAAAUUAAAAAAAAAAAAAGGAAAAUUAUUUCUUUUGGAGUGUAUAUUAAAUAUAUCUUAUCUUAGACUAACAAAGUACUUCAAUCACUUCAAAACCUUAAUGAUAAAUCAAAUUAUUUUAUUAAAAUUACUAAUGUUGAACAUAUUUUAAAAAAUAAAUAUUUUCCCUAUGAAAUACAUUUGUUGGGCAUAAUGCUUUUUUGUAUAUUCAUAUAAUAAAUCAAUUAAGUAUAAUUGUUAAAAAAAGAUUUGUCAUAUAAAUUGAAAUAAAUUCCUAAUUGAAUCUAGUGUAAUUUUGAAUAUAAAUAAUAAUGAUUUUAGUAAUUUAUGUCCUAUCAAAAGAUGUAACUAAUAAUUCAUUUAAUGUACGAAUCAUUUUUUAUUUUAAAUUGUGUUCUUUAAUAGAAAAUUUAAAAUUGCAAUUAAUACCUUCAUGGUUUAUGUUUUAUUAUUCUUAUUAAUUUAUUAUGCUUAUAAAUUGACUAUAAAAAAAUACUUUUAUCUUUAAAAUUUUUAUUUUACUCAAAUAUGGUUUUAAAAAAUGUAUUGUAAUAAAACACUUAGGAUUUUAAAACUAUUAAAUAUUAUUAAUUUAGAUUUUGCAUGUUGAUUACUAACCCUAUAAUUAAUAUGCUCUUAUAAUUGUAGAUUAUUAUAUCCACACAAUUUUUGUUUAUAAAUACACUUUUUAGGAAAACCCCCUAGUGCAAAAUAACCAGUUUUCAGCAUUUGAUUCUUCAAACGAUUUAGUUCAUGUAAGUUGCAUUUUCACUUUUAAGUUUCGUUUUAUUAAUAGUGAUAAUUCAUAAUUUAAUAUAGUCGUAUUUGUUUUCAGUUGCCACAGCAAAUGACAAUGCUGAAUUUAGGGCGUCCUACAACUGCUCCUGCAAAUGCCAAUGGUUUUACAGACCUGUCCAAACCAUCACAAGGCGGUCAAACACUGUCGCCCAAUUUAUGGCAGUAACAACGAUCAGUUGAUUGUUCACAAUCGUUUUAUUGCUCUAAUGUUUCUAAUUAAUUAGGUGUAAGUGAAAAAUGAAAAUGCCAUUUUUAUUAUAAAAAUGUGUAUUUGUAUUCGUAAAUGUCGAUAAGUGAUGAUAUUCAUAUUACACCUUACGUGUAGUAUAACGCUAUGCUUUAUAUAUAUAUUUAUAUAUAUAUAUAUAUAUGUAUUCACGGAACCGUCCAAAUUAACGGAGCUCGAUAAAUCAAUAAAUUAGUUGAAUUGUUAUUUGGAUUAAAAUGCUCUAGUGCUCUAUUCAUUAUUAAUUUUACAUACCUAUUUUAAUAAUUAUUAUUAUUAAUUGGAUUAUAAAAAUUAAAAAUAUUUCAAUGAAACCACACUACGACUGUACACAAGAUGUUCUUAAACGACUGUUUUGUCUCAUAAAGUUAUUUUAUAUUAUUACUUUUAUGUUAUGUAUCAACAAUAAUAUAUAUACGUGUUAACAAUUCGUUCCAAUUUAAUGAAAUUUAUAAUGAGACGUACACAUCCACAAAUACUUAAAAUUUUGUAAGUUUUUAUUAUUAGUAUUCAGUUGAAUAAUUUAUUAAAAUUAUAUAAGAGUUUUGGGAAAAUCAUUUUUUUCAGGGUACAACCUAGUGGAUUUAUUGAAAUUGUUUUUAAAUAUGUAUAACUGAUAAUUUACCAAUAUUAUAGUUGAAAUAUUAUUUAUUUAGUCAAUAAUUUACUCAUUGAGUUAGAAGUGCCUUUGGUAUUACUAAGGUGACAAAUCCUAGGACAUGAUCCUAAUCUCAGCGUCAAAUGACCCUUAAAAUGAUGUUACCUUGUGAGAUUGUCAACUGUAUCAGCGAAUGCAGGAAGUGCUACUAGUAAGCUACUGCCUCAUAUACUGUUUUUCCCAUAUACGAUUAUGAUUUAUAGUAAUAAUAUUUAAUUAGUCAUAAUUGGUAAUAAAAUUUGUGAUUAUACAAAAUUUAUUAUUAGAUAUGUAAAUUUAUUCCAAAAAAUUGUGUUUAAUAUAAUAAUUUUCUCAUUAAAAGAACCUUA